AUGAUCUACAGAACCGAAAGCAACACAGAAACAAACCGUGCACCACUUCUUCGCAGAUCAUCCGUCGACCUUGACGGUAUCAGGGACUUCGUCAUCACCGUGGAUAUCUCCCUUCUCCUCAAGGACGCGGACUCUAAUGAGUCCCCGACCGCAUCACCACCCGACAGAAAUCAAACAAGAUCCGCAUCUGUUCAGUCAUCAAUCGCACAACAAGACUUACCAAUCUACGCUGCUGCCAUCUCUGGCUCAGGGGGAAAAAGAAGUAUGGGUGCCCAUCCAUCAGAGUCUCCAGCUAAGAAGCAGAGUAAAUGGUCGGCCGACGAAGAUGCUUUGAUCAUCGAUCUAAGGGGCAGUGGAAUGAAGUGGGAGGACAUCUCUAAGAGAUUACCGGGUCGCAGUGCCAUUAGUUGUCGGUUACAUUAUCAAAACUACCUGGAACGUAGGAGUGAAUGGGAUGAAGAACGAAAGAACAAGCUCGCCAGACUUUACGAAAGAUUCAAACAAGAGAUGUGGUCAAAAGUAGCCGAGGAAAUGGCAGUACCAUGGCGAGCAGCAGAAGCUAUGCACUGGCAACUUGGCGAAAAUGAUAUGGCAAGACGUGCAGGUGUUGUCCCGUUCUCAUUAUCUAGCGUAACUCUCGAUGCACCAUCAUCUGGUUCAAGAGCUUCACCAGUGAGAGGACAUUCCUACAGCCAAUCCACAUCUAGCACAAUGGGUUCAGGAUCUACUGGCGGUAGAUACAGCCGACCCGGAACUGCACAAGGCAACCCAAAUCCGAGAGGAGGCACUCGCACAAUCGCCGCAAGAAGAGAAAGCACCCCCAGAUCCGUCCCACCUACCAGCCCAUCCGAUGGUCUAGCAUUAGCUGCCAUCGGGGGUGGAAUAAACAUGAUGGGACCAGGAAGAGGUGGCCAAUAUCUACCAAGCCUGGUGGAGAUGACCACGGGUGUCAGCCCGUAUAGCACACCUGCCUAUGCAAUGUCGACGCCGGCGCACUCGAGUGGAUAUUCGAGUGGCUACCCAAGCCCAGGACCACUUUUACCCGCGAUUGGAAUGAUGGGUCACCGACCUGAAGCGAAGCGAAGAGGAAGCCCCGAAACUAGCUCGAGGGAUUCGUCGAGGAGGAGACAGUGA